GAUUUACAAACGUUGGCGGCCCACAGAUGCCGCCAUGCCUCGGGUAUGCGUGCGUCGAGCCGCAACCGACUAGAGGUGGGGCGCCGCCGCCGAGGGAGAAGAGGAGGUCCUGGGGUGUCUACCGCUCGGGCCCUCACGCUCCGACUACCUCCAUCGCCACAGUGAAUGAUAGGCGGCUGAUGCGUCCGGUGCAGCCCCUACCACGGAGGAGGCAGGGAGGGCGGACGACGCGGAUAUGCUGCGAUUGGGAGCCGCCAUGGUUCGAGCCCGUGGCGUUGGAGGCGAGGAUGGUCGUCGCGGUGGACUCCGCCAUUUUAGAUCCGGCAAAUAUGCUGCCAGAUGCGCCUUCGGCAUGGGAGGGGGCUGGUUGGAGCCGAGUACUGCAGCCUACCGAGCUCCACAACGCCCACCACCGAGCCCCCACUCCCCCCCACGCAGGACGCGGAGCACCCUCUGAGGUCCCCACGGCGGCCACACUCUUCGUCGAUCUGCCUCAGGGGAAGUGGUCUCAACCACGAAGAUGCAGGAGCACGCCGUCAGCGACAAGUCGUGCGUGUGGCAUGCUGCGGAUUUCACCGACGGCGAGCUCAAGGAGGAGAUGUCCACCAUCCGGUUUGUGUCUUUAGAUGUUCAUCGGUGGUCUGGAUCUUGCAGGUGGUCAUUCGUAUCGGGACUUGUACACCUUCCCAUCCUUGAUGCCCUCCCUCUCUCUGGUUUGUUCACUAUGUGGCUUGUGCAUGCACUCAUCUGCUCUGCUCGACGAAAUGCCUCAAUGGGUAGAGGAUUGUUUUGGCCUCUCUGGUCAACGAGUUGUGCCACUCUGACCACUGUGCAGCGGUCGCCAACCUACCCUUGGCAUCACACAGCUUAUCCACCAUCGCUCUGAAGAUUUCACCGUGAUUGGCUUCAUGGAAGUGUGCUGAAUAAUUAAGCUGGCUAUGUGAGUUUGCUUCUGUAUCCCCUCCUUUCCCCUUUUCUUUUUAGUUCCUUCGCCUUUCAGUCUGUCUUGCACAUUUGUGCUAUAGUGUUUGUGUUUGAGGUAAGCUGCUAAUAGCAGAGCAGGAGAGGUGCAAUGGCAUGCAUCGUGCAUGGAUUGAGGAAUAAACACCGAUCCUAUAUACUGCUUGGUGUGCUGCAGGCAACCUGUUCCAUGGGUUGUUUUAAUGUUUUUUCUUGUUUCCAUGUUGCACUCAUCAUUCCUGUUUAGUGUUGGAUUAUUGGUUGUUUUC